ACUGGGAACUGUGCAGCUCCACCCGUGGCACCAGAAGCCUGUGUGGUGCAGAGGCUCUUGGUCUCCAUCUGCAGCAGGAGCCUCCAAAAAGAGCCACAGCUGCCCAGGCAGGAGCACAGAGCCCACUGACUGCCGUCCGUGCGGGACCCGGGCAGCGCCUGAUCUCCCGCUGGUGACUGCUCCGAUGUCUCAGGAAUCGUGGCGGCCGAGCCACCCCAGCGCCCUGCUGAUCCCCAAGGCCCGGGCAGGGCGAGCACAGCAUGCCGUGUACCUGCUGCUGGCUCUGGGCGCUGCGGUGCUGUACCUCCGCGGGGAGCCCCUCGUGCCCACCGCCCGCAGCCUCACCUUCCACUUCACAGCCCUGCAGAUCGGAGUGCUGCUCAAGGGCACCUGCUUCCUGGCAGAGGAGAUCUUCCACCUCCAAUCCAGGCACCGUGGAAGCUUCUUGAGGGCCCUGAACGCCUGCUUCCCCCUGCGCUGGCAUGGGCUCAUGCUGCUCGUCUGUGGCUCAGCCUACGUGGCUCUUCUCAAUGGAGAUGGGCAGCUGCUCGGCCUCCACCUCGGCCUCGCCAGCCUGUGCCAGCUCCUCAUCCUCGCUCUGGGGCUCCACAAACCCUCAGCAGUGGAGGUUUCUGAGAUGUCUGAAAAGUCCAAGCAGAAUGUCGCUCAUGGGCUUGCCUGGUCUUACUACAUUGGGUACCUAAAAAUAGUCCUGCCACGGGUGAAAAAGUCGAUGGAGGAAUUCAGCAGAGCCAACCCCAAUGUGCUGGCAUGCAGCGAGACCUGGAAGCUCCACAUCUUGGUCCCUCUGAGCUGCGACAUCUAUGAUGACCUGGAGAAAGCUGACAGCAAUAUCCAGUACCUGACAGACCUCACUGAAACCACCCUAACCCGAGCUGGCACCAAAAAAAGGGUCUACAAACACAGCCUCUACGCAAUCAGGGAUAAAGACAACAAGCUCUGGCACUGCGCGGUGGAGUAUGCCACCCCGCUGCAGUCCCUCUACGCCAUGUCCCAGGAUGAGUGCGCUGCCUUCAGCCGGGAGGAGCGCCUGGAGCAGGCCAAGCUUUUCUACAGGACCUUAGAAGAGAUCUUGAAAGGCUCCAAGGAGUGCGCGGGUACCUACCGGCUCAUUGCAUAUGAGGAGUCAGGAGAAGCAGAGACUCACUUCUUGUCCAGAGAGAUCCUCUGGCACCUCUGGCAGCAGCACCACGAGGAGUACGCCGUGUGCGAGGGGAACCACCCGCAUGCCCCAUCCACAACCCUCAACUCCACAGAGCUCAACCUCCAGAUCAGCACCUCCGACCUGCCACAGCCUCUGCGAAGUGACUGCUUCUGAAGCUCCAGCACUGCCCAGCCCCACACCACCACAUCCGGGCUCCAGUCCCCCUUCCCCACACCCCUUCCUCUUGCAGGAAGUGCUGCCCAUGCCAGUGAUCCCCAACCUCCUGUGGGAACUGUUCACCAGAACCUCCUGCACAUCACUCACACCACACUCCUGGGACAUGCUUCCCAUUCUUUGUUAUGUAUAGUUCAUACAUUAAUCUGUGGAUGGGUUUUUUUUCAGUCUGCUUUGAUUUGUGUCAUAUAAAGCAUUUUCCUCUGGAGCGAGUUGCAUUAUCCUGAAUCUUGGGCACAAUGCGCAGUCUGCCCUUGGACAUCCUGUGGUGUUGGAUGCAGCUUUGGAAAUCCCAUCCGUGAGUGUGUCUGUGUGUGCUGAGUCCAACACAUCCAGCAGCAUGGCCUGAUGAAUCUGAUGGCUUCUGCAGGCACAUGGACUGUGUGCAAAACUCCAGCCUGAUGUACCCACUGUGAAGUCACAUACAAACAUCCUCCCUUUGCACCCCAUUCAGGAUGUGAAGGUGGAAGAAGAGGAGGUCUUGAUGCCUUGUGCAACAGGUAGAAAGAAAUGUUCUGUUACACCUUUUAAAGUCACCCUGAUAUGAUUGAUCCAUGAUUUGCUUAAC